AUGAAGAUCGCGGUGCCCGGCGCGCUCGCGCUCAUGGCUGACCCAGUCGCCUCCCUCGUCGACACCGCCUUCAUUGGUCACAUAGGUCCGGUUGAACUUGGAGCUGUAGGUGUAUCCAUUGCUGUGUUUAAUCAAGUUUCGAGAAUAGCAGUGUUCCCCCUUGUUAGUGUCACAACAUCAUUUGUUGCUGAGGAGGAUUCUAUGUCCAAUUUCAGAGAUAAUGACAAAAUAAAUCAAGAAAAUGAAUGCAAUGUUUCUGUUAGCGAAAUGGAGGAACUGAUUUCUCCUGAAGGGGCUAGUGCCACUACCAGCAUAUCAUCUUUUGAAACUGAUUCGUGCGAGGUCAGUGUUGAGCAAAAGAGGAAAAAUAUUCCAUCAGUCCCUACAGCGCUAUUACUUGGUGGGGUGCUUGGCCUACUUGAAACCCUACUGCUUGUUCUCUCUGCAAAACCUAUCUUAGGCUACAUGGGUGUAACUCCGGUUGCUAAAACAUCCAAUGCAGAAAAUUUAGAGAAUAUACUUGUUCUUGUAGUUCUGUUUAGUAUGUAUGGUGGAACAUUCUGCAGAUAUUUCAUUGCAUCCAUACUCUUAUGGAGAUUAAGGGUGCAUGUUGAUUUGUUGCCACCUAGCUUUAAACAUCUGCAGUUUGGCCGAUUUCUUAAAAAUGGUUUUCUGUUACUUGCACGAGUUAUUGCUGCAACAUGUUGUGUGACACUAUCUGCGUCAAUGGCCGCACGGCUAGGUUCAACUCCAAUGGCUGCAUUCCAGAUCUGCUUGCAAACCUGGUUGGCUUGCUCACUUCUUGCUGAUGGAUUGGCUUUUGCUGGACAGGCUAUACUUGCAAGUGCAUUUGCUCGUAAGGACUAUCCAAAGGCCACUGCCACAGCUUCUCGUAUCUUGCAGCUGGCUUUGGUUUUGGGACUUCUCCUAAGCAGACUUCUUGGUAUUGGUCUGCGCAUAGGAUCUAGAUUAUUUACAUCUGAUCAGGGUGUACUGCAUCAUAUCUACAUUGGAAUACCGUUUGUCUGCCUUACUCAACCAAUCAAUGCUUUGGCUUUUGUUUUUGAUGGCAUCAAUUAUGGAGCAUCAGAUUUCGGAUAUGCUGCCUAUUCAAUGGCAAGUUGA